AUGGCGGAUUAUACAGUUAAAGUACAUCCAGUAGUUUACCUUACAGUUUGUGAUGCCUUCCAAAGAAGAUCAAUAACCAAAAAAGGUAGUGGAAGAACAAUGGGAUCAUUGUGUGGUUAUCUAGGACAAGAUAAUGUUAUUCACGUAACAAAUGCUUAUGUUGUGCCUUUUUCUGAAGAUACACCAAAUGGAGUACCAGCAUUAGACUUUACUUAUAAUAUAAGAAUGAGGGAUACACUUAGACGUACCCAUAAAUCUGAGUAUCUUCUUGGUUGGUUUUGGACUGGUAAUGAAGUAACAGAUGUUAUGCUUCAAAUUCACCAAUACUAUACAGAAAUUAUUGCUCAACAAGCUUAUUCUAAAGAUUUCAAAUGCCCUACAGUAUUGUUUAUGAUGGAUCCAUUUUUUGAAGAUAAAAAAGAAACUACUAUGCCAAUUUGUGCUUACAUUGAUCAUGAUGCCGCAAUUGGAAAUCAGAAACAUGGCUACGUCCUCCAAUCAUUGCCAAUAGCUUUAACUGCUCUUCCUGGGGAACGUGUAGCUUUAAAUUUCUGUAAAAAAGGUUUAAAACAAGCUACUCGUGAAAUAGCAAUUGAUAAUAGUAUAAGUAAUCAAGCUGAAAGAUUUAAACAAUUAUUAACGUAUUUAGAAGGAAUAAAAAUAUAUGUUGACAAUAUUAUAAAUAAAAAACAAGAACCUAAUUUGGAAUUUGAUAGAAAAUUAUAUGAUGUUAUGGAAAAAUUUGUGUCAGGAAAAGUUGGAGAGAAUUGGGAACAAAUAACUUCAGCAACCGCAAACGAUUAUUCAAUGGUUAAUUAUAUUACUGGAGUUAUUAAAGCACAAAUGUCUGCUCAAGAAAAAAUAUUUCAAAUUUAA